AUGGGGCGAGCACCAUUUUCCGUUAAGGCCUUGUGCCUCGCACCGUUUACGGCGACGGACUUCAAGGCUGCUGUCUUUGGGGGUUUGUUUGGCGGUUUGGCUUCUUUCUUGGUCACUCACCUGCUUCUCGAGUUGACAUUCAGUCCAGUUUUCUCGACGUUUUUUGCCGUUCUACUGGCCUCAAUCGCCGUCCUUGUAAUUCAGCGUGCGCUGGCGAUUGACCCGCCCGUGCCCCCCCCAGCUCUUGCAUAUGAUGAUGACGAAGACGUGGUGGAGUCGGGCACAGACAAGUCGCUUCAGAACAUGUACUCGACUCAGGUGCAAACGCGCAGACUUCUUUUCGGCUUCGCAGCGAUGCUGCUCAUCAGUGCAACGUUUGCAGUCUUCGUGGACAAAGCGUGGUUCUCCAACAUCAACUGGGUCAUCAAGAUCCCCAUGUACUGUUUGCUUGGAAAUACUCUCUGCUUUCUGCUGGUCUUUGCCGGCGUUGAUAUAGUCAACUUCUACUACGAUGUAGUCUGGUGGGAGGGCCGGGCGAGCGCAUGCGGUCCCGGCGCGGCAUUCGGCGGCGCCUUCGCGGGUAACUCGGGGAUGCCCGGCGGAGCGUCAUCCCCUUCACUGCCUGUGCACAAUUCGUCGCAGGUGUGUGUGUUGGUAAUCGGUUCCCUCCUUCUUGGGAGCGUUUUUGGCUUCUUUUAUGGCCUCUUCGACCUGGAGGAUAUUCACUCGUCCGUGCGCCUGAUUCAGGACAGAUACGUCUGUGUCCCGAUUGCCGUUAUUAUCGGAACGUUCACAGCAGUCAUUGCCGCGAGACUGGGCAGAGCAUCGAACUCUGAGGGCUCGCGGAUCGGUGGCACUGCAAGGUUAGCUGGUUCAGGGCUGGUGAGUGGCGCAGGCUCCUCAGCGGGAUCACCGAGCAGGACAGCUGGCGGUCAACACUCCUCCGCAAACGACGAUUUCCUCGAUGACGAAGAAGAUGAGGAAGAUGCCACGUUUUUCGGACAGCAGUCUCGCUCUCUGGCUGCCUAA